CUCUUUUUUAUACCGCGCUAACUUGUACCGUUUAAUACUGACAUUUUCUAAUUGCUCUUUUUCGUUUGACAACCAUGCUCAAGGUCAACUUCAUCUUCGCUGCAAUUGCUAGCUCGCUUGUUGCUGCAGCACCAGUGUCUGUCCAGAAUAACCUAAUUAUUUUCGGCAACUCGCUGUCCGAUAAUGGCAAUGUGGCAGCAUUGACCGGCUCCCCGGGCUACUGGGAAGGACGGGCAUCGAAUUCGUACGUGUGGAACGAAUACACCACCAAGCUCCUGGGCAUGAACCUCGAGAACCACGCGUACGGCGGCGCCACCUCAAACAACGACCUGUCACCGGCAACUUCUGGCAACAUAACCAUCCCCAGCUUCCACGACCAGGUCACUACGUGGCUCAAGGAUCCUGCCCAUCUGUCGCAGCACAGUCUGCAGAACGACGUGGUGGCGGUGGAAAUCGGUGGCAACGAUAUCUUCCAUAACGUGCCAAAUAUCUUGAAUGGCAGCAUCACGCUGAAUGAUUUUGCGACGGCUUUGGGUAAAAACAUCGCAGAUGACGUUAAUGCUCUCGUCAAGGCUGGGUAUAAGAACAUUUAUGUGUGGAACUUGCCGGCGGUGGACAAGAUUCCGUACAUUACAUCGAUAGGGAUGGGCUCGCUGGUGAAGCCGCUGGUUGAUGAGAUCAACAAUCGGAUUGAUGUUGCACUGCAGCCGGCAGUAGCUCUCGGUGUGCAUAAGCUCAACCUCAUGGAUCUGAUGAACCGGGCCUUGGAACCACAGGUCCUUGCAGCUAUGGGAAUAUCUGAUUCGACACACGCAUGCUAUAACAAGGAUAGCGCCGGCGCAGUCACUAUCUGCCAGGACCCCGACAACCACUUCUUCUAUGACGGAAUCCACCCAGCAUCCCGCAUGCAGUAUCUGUGGGGUAUUGCUGCGUCAAUUCUGAUUCGUGAUCCUGGACACAAGUUCAGCGCCGAGGAGAUUUUGGGGCUCAUCAGGACUUUUGACAUUGCAAACAGCAACAACAAGAACAACCUGAUUGUUGACGGAGUUACUGGACCGGAGAGCAGCGCGAUUCCCUCGGGUUCGACUACGCCGACUGGCUCUGCCAUGCCGACUGCUGCUCCUACCGACACUGUUUACCCGACUGCUGCUCCCACCAGCACUGCACCGCCCAAGUGCAUCAAGAAGCACUAGAGACAUGCUGUUGACAGUACUUUUGGUUAUUUACUUUGCAAAUCAAGUGAGGCCAUGGUAUCGGUUUCAUAAAUAUGUGGCAGUUUUAAUAGCAGU